ACGAUGUUCUAGGUGGAUCAGACGAAGACGACUAAUGCGCUCGGGUACUCUGCGCCUGGAACGUGAAAGACCAACUCAGCGCCCUCUGUUUCAACCAUGCACAGGGCCUUGAAGGCAACACGGACGCAGAAUGCUUGGAGUGAUAUUUUCCUUCCAUGAUAUAUCGUGAAACUAAUCAUUUUCAUAACAGAGUGACGAAAUAACUACUAGUGUAUGGAUGACAAGAAACACUGAUUUUAAGAAGACUGUAAUAAACACAGCUUUUAUAACAGACGUGUGAAACAGUCAAGAGACACAUUUUUUAAGAAGGUAAGGAAGUGACCUGUCCAACACAUACUUAACGUCACAACUGCACGAGUGGACAUCGACGACCUUGAUUAAUGAUAUAAUGUUAUGAGGAAAUAAUUUUAAAAACCUACAAAAUGAAAAGCUUUCUGACAACAAUGUUGCUUGUGGAGCUGAUGACAGGGUGUGGUCAAGUCACGGGGACAUGCAGUCGAGGGGUUAACACCCCCGGGCUCAUGGCUAGUAGUAGGCUCGUGGGGUCAGUCUACCUCGUGCUCCAGACCCUCACCCUACAGGACUGUGUGACGUCAUGUUUGCAGCAGUCUCGCUGCGUCAGCUUGAACUUCAAGGCGGGACAAUGCGAGCUCAACUACGACAACUCGACAACGGCUCCUUCUGGAAUGGUGGCUGCCUCUGGUUGGAACCAUGCAAGCGCGUCACAUAUGCCAUCGCGACUUGCCGGAAUUUGUGGGCCAAGGCCGUGUAGUGUGAACGAAACGUGUAGAGACAGGGGCGGGACCUACGAAUGUGAACAAGAGGAGUUAUGCAUCACGAAUUCGACGCUCUAUCUCGGAACCCUGAACAUUACCAACACCGGCCGGACAUGUCAGAGGUGGGACACUGACAUCCCACACAAUCGUCUGUAUUUCCCCCGGGGAAUGUCAGCCGAGGACCCCGCCCUAGUUGACGAGAGCAACUACUGUCGGAUGACAGGCAAUCAAGUGCCGUGGUGCUAUACGGUGGACCCCAGCGUACGUUGGGAAGAAUGUGGCGUCCCUUACUGUUGAGUAAGUCAGGGAGUAGGGUUUUAAGCCGCUUUUAGCAAUAUUCCAGCAACACCAAGGCGGGGAACACCAGAAAUGAGCUUCACUCAAUGUACCCAUGUGGGGAAUCGAACACGGGUCUUCAGCCUGACGAACGAUCCCCUAACAGUGUCGAAUGUUUUCAGUGUUCCCCUAACAGUGUCAAAUGUCGUUCGUGAUCUAACAGUGUCGAAUGUUUAUGAUGAUCCCCUAACAGUGUCGUGUGGUGUUGAUGAACCCAUUAGAGUGUCAAAUGUUGUUGAUGAUCCCCUAACAGUGUCGAAUGUUGUUGAUGAUCCCCUAACAGUGUCGAAUGUUGUUGAUGAUCCCCUAUCAGUGUCGAUCGUUGUUGAUGAUCCCCUAACAGUGUCGAAUGGUGUUCAUGAUCCUCUAAUAGUGUCGAAUGUUGUUGGUGAUCCUCUAACAGCGUCGACUGUUGGUGAUCCCAUUACAGUGUCGAAUGUCGUUGUGGUGAUCCUCUGUUUUCAUUAUCGAUCUACAGGGAUCAAGAAUAACAUGAACUAUCCUGACAAGGGACUUUUUUCAACGUUGCUUAUCGCAGAGCUCAGGAUUUUCUUGAGAAGACCUUGAUGCGUUUGAGUCACUGAAGGAGUAUGGUUUAGACAUAGUAGCUUCACUUGCAGUAUCAAUAUAUGAACACGAAGCAAUCAUUAACGAACGGACUAUCAACUGUGCUACUGUACCACGUCGUCCUUGCCAGGCUAUGAGACGUUUAUAGACAUCAUAUUGACGCUCAAGUGUGUGACAGUAUAUGUCUUAUAGACAUCAUAAGAACGCUCAUGUAUGUGACAAUAGACGGUUCAUAGACGUCAUAUGAGUGCUCAAGUGUAUGACAGCAGAUGUCAUAUAGACGUUACAUGGACGAUCAAGUGUAUCACGUCAUAUGGAGUAUGUCCUAGUUAAUACUAAAAUGGGGAUUCCGGGUUAAAAUUGGUCCCUGGCAACCUAUGCUGGUCCUUAUAGGCGACCAAAUGGAUCGGGUGGUCAGGCUCGGUGACUUGGUUGAAGGCGUGUGAUCGUACCCCAACGGCGAGGAAGAUUGCUCAUAAUAUCGAUCACUGGAUUGUCUGGUCCAUACUCGAUUAUUUACAGGCAGCCUUUAUAUAGCUGGAAUAUUGCUGAGUGCAGCGACAAACAACAGAACGAACAAAACAAACAAACAUAUUCUAAUUAAUAGCUUGAGGAAGGUGGUAUGUGGUGUGAGAGUUACGUGGCGAUGUGAUGAUGUGGUUCUGGACGUCAGACUCUGCCUCGCUGGUCCGGAAACUCCGGCAUCUAGAUGACUCCAGAGGAUGGGAUUAUACAUAGCUAUAUAACUGUCUCCGUAUGGCGAUGCUUUGUAGCCGUGUUCCCAACUGCGUGUGAUUUUACAUCUGAUUAAUUCCUUUGAGACCGAAAUGUAAACAUGAAUAUCGACAGACUGAUGCCUUGUAUUUGCAAUUCUAGAUGUCCGAAAGGUCUUUGAUAUGCAUUUAGAAGUUGGCAGUUGACAGAAAUACUAAAUAUGAAGACCGUUUGCCAAGAGGAAGGUCAGAAGUUAAUACCUGGAACGUUAUAUACAGAGAAUACAGAAGCUGAAAUCCAUUCAUCUUUUGUGUCUUAUCACAGUGCUGUAACAGUACCAUAUAAAUGUAGGCGUGGCACAUGGCCUUUCUUAGGCAACGUAUAUGAUUCAAAGAGUUGGACAGAUUAAACAAAUUAUCUGUCAUCAAAACCUUGUUGUGUUUCCAAGUUUUUAAAUAUUGGAAAGUAUACACGAAUGCUGGCAUCGACUCUCAGCACAGUUUAUAAAUGUCCCGUUCAAUACCUGCCAAAUUAGUAAAGCCACAUAUCUCAAUAUCAUAUAUAGUCAAGGUUAAAUGAAGUUGUGAGACAUAUUAACUGUAUUGUAAUUGUAUUGUUGAUUUGUUUAAAGGGGGCACGGGUGGCCCAGUCGUCUAAGGCGCCGCGAUU